GGGGCUAUAUACAAACAUGACGGUACCAGCAGAAAAUGUGAGGGAUGUACUGUCUGUUAGAGUAAUGCGACUUAAUCGUCCAACAUUUGUUAUACAACGUUGUGAACCAACUGAACUUUAUCUGGAUGAUAUAGCAGGGUGUUUAACAGCAGCUGACGCAGGUAUUCGUGGAGACCUUGAUGGUAUUUCGUUAAAUCUUUUAUCUGCUGGUAAUAUACCUCCCUCUUCAAAUUCUCAUGAAUCUCCUAACUAUGAUCAUAUAUUAAAUAAUGACAGUAAAGAUAAUUAUAAUUAUAUACAACCAAAAGUUGGUGGAUAUAGUGAACUGCUAAGUUUAACUCAUUCGUUUGGUACUAUCUAUUUGGGUGAAACAUUCUCGGCACAUAUAAAUUUACAUAAUGAAAGUAAUCAAAUUUGUUACAAUGUUGAACUAAAAGUUGCUCUUCAUAACCGUAUCGAAUCGAUCACUUUACCGAUAUUCACUUCUUUAAGUGGUCAUUCUAAUAGUACUGUUGGUUCACGUAAUUCUUCAACAAAUUCAGAAUCAUCAAAUACUCAUACAACUCCAGGUCUGUGUAAUAAUGCUGGUGAAAUCAAUACUAAGGAUAGUAUUUUUGAUUUACAACCAGGACAAUCAUUGAAUGCGAUUAUCAGUCAUGAAUUGAAAGAAUUAGGCUUUCAUAACCUGCGAUGUACGGUCUCAUAUUUUCAAACUAGUUCUCACGGUAAAUCAGAAAGUUCAUCGCAUGUGGUAGCAUAUGAAUCUCCACGGUUAACAUCAGGUGUUUCAUCUCGUGAUACUAUUAGUAAACGUGAACCAAUUACAUUUCAACGCUUAUAUAAGUUUAUGGUCAACAAACCUUUGGAUGUUCGAAAGAAAUUCUCAAUAGUUGAUAUUGAUCAUAGUGUACUUAUGGAGACACAAAUUCAAAAUCUCACUGUAACACCAAUUAUACUUGAACGUGUUUUAUUCGAAUCAAAUCCUCAAUUCAGUGUGAUUGAUUUAAAUAAUUUACAGUUUGGUAAAAAAUCUCAUUCUAACACUCCAACGUAUUAUUUACAACCGAAUGAUGUGCAACAAUUUUUAUACCGUUUAAUACCGACAACAACCAAUUCAUCGCCUUUAUUAAAUCUAUCAUCUACCAAUUCAUCAAUACCAACUUCAACUGUGCCUGAUCCAAUUCCAGUUUCUUCCACAACUACCCGUCAAGUGUCAAUAUCAGCUGGACGUCUAGAUAUUACAUGGAGAUCACUUAUGGGUGAAAGAGGACGCUUACAAACAAGUUCUUUAAAAUACGAACUUCCUACUUUUGGUGAUAUUCAAUUGAGGGUUUUAACUAUUCCAUCCAUUGUGACAACAGAACAACCAUUCACAUUAAAGUUUGAAUUAACUAAUUGCAGUAAAUCGAAUUUAGACUUAAUACUUAGUUUAUGUUCAACUAAAUACAAUGGUACUUCUUCAAUUCCAAUUCAAUCAAUCAUCAAUGAAAAUGAAAAUACCUCUAAUAAUGAUAAUAAUAAUAAUUCAAUUCAAUUAACAAAUAGUUAUUUACCAUUGAUUGUUUGGUUAAGUAAAACUAGACAAAAACUUGGCAAAUUAUUACCUGGUCAAUGUAUUCCAUUUGAAUUGAAUUUAAUGGCUACAUUACCUGGGUUACAUAUGAUUUCCGGUUUAUGCAUUCAUGAUUUAACAAUGAAUCGUGAUUAUGAAUUUAACAAUUUAACCCAUGUUCUUGUUUUUACCAAUAGUCCUGUUUCAGCUUAAUUUCCCUCUUCCACCCCUCUAUCUCUCUCUUCAUAUCAUCUUCAUUGGUGAAUACUAUGCAUAGAACUAAUAUAUCAAUAAUCACUACCAUGUGUAUUACAGUUUUGGGUUUCUUUUUUUUCUUCUUCUAAAAAUAGGAAAGAAAAUUAUUUUGUCUUAUCUAAUUAUCCCUUUACAAUUAAAAUAUUGUUGGGGUUUUUUUGUUUGUUUUUGUUUUUGUUUCUCUUUCACAUUUACCUUUCUCUUUCAUUUUAUGUAACAUUUGUGUUUUCUUUAUUGAAAUUGGACUUUAGAUUCAUUAUUAUUUAUAAUUUGUAAUUUCAUAUUAUGUGAUUUAUUUUGUUAUCAAUUCAAUAAACAAUGUUGUAUCUACCUACAAUUGAUAUUUGAAUAGAAUGUUGCUGAGUUUCCCCCACCCCCCUUUGUUUGUUUGUUUGUUCAUUUGAUUGAUUGUUCAACAAUUAAAUCUCAUUUAUUCA